GGGGUUGCGCACCUGACCUAGCAAUGAUAGCGAAACGGAUUGUUGGCCUUUGCUGCUCUUCAUCAGGCUGUGAGCGAAACUGGAGCACCUUUGAGUUUAUUCACACUAAAAGAAGAAAUCGCUUGGAACAUAAGAGGCUGAAUGAUCUCGUGUAUAUCCAGUACAAUGAAAAGAUUGCAGAGCGAUUCCAAAAGCGCCGUGAGCUUGGAGAUAAGUUCGAUCCAAUUGCGCUCGAAGACUUUAACUGGAGUGGUGAAUGGGUAGGUAAUGCAGAUGGUGAUUCUGUUCAUCCUGGAGAAGAUCUGCUAUGGGAACAUGUUGUUAUAGCUGCUGGUCCGGCAAGUGCAGUGCGUAAUCUUCGUAAUAGAAAUCGUGAUAAAGGUGGCGAAACUAAUACAAACACCAGGGAGAUUUUAACAUAUAAUCGACAUCGUAAUGGUGCAGGUUCUUCUCGUGCGCACACUUCACGUACUUUUCACUUGCACGAUUCUGAAAGUGAAGAAGAAGUCCAGGACAAUGGCAUAUUGUCAAAUGAAAAUGAUGACGAAGAUAUUGAUGAUGAUUACGGGGAAAUACCGAGUGCAACUCAAAGUCGACCCGGAAAUGAAGAACAGCCUUUUCUUGAUGAUUUUAUCAUCUAGUUUAUCAUAGUUUUCUUGUAGAAAUUACUAGAUUUGUAUGUUUUAGACCUGUUCCUCUUAACUUUAUAUAAUAUUUACUUUUGGUAUUUAAU